AUGCUACAUCUGAUACAAGUGCUGAUGACUGCUGCCAAUGCGUCAGUCGCAGUCCCAGCCUGCCCAAUGCCAUGCCGCGUCGAAUACAAGCCGCAAUGCCCCAAGUCGUGUCGGACACUGAGUCAGAUCCUGAACAGCACCGCUGCCUCCCUCGAUGGCCUCUCUCCAACUGACAUAGCAGACGUAGUCAGAAAGACG